UUAUGAUGUUGUGCCUUAAUGUGACAACAUAGAUAAAAAGAAGCUCUUACAAACAAACUGACUAAGUCUUCCUCGGAGUCAAAAUCAUAAGCAUAUUCCAUGCUCAUACCAAUAAAGUAAUGAAAAUGACAAAGAGACUUAUUAAUCGUUAUAAAGAUCCUUGUUCUGUUUCACUCAUCAUGAAUUCGAAAUUUCGAUAUAACAAACCAAAAGGAAAGAAGCAAAAAAAAAAAAAAAAAGCUCUGGAUUCGGAAUCUCAGAUAAAAAAACCAACGAUGCCGAUAAAGGUAUUGUCGUCGCUUGAUGUAGCUCGAACACAAUGGUACCAUUUCAAAGCGAUCAUAGUAGCGGGAAUGGGUCUAUUCACCGACGCAUACGAUCUUUUCUGCAUAGCACCGGUCAUGAAAAUGAUUAGUCAUGUUUAUUACAACGGUGACUCAAUCAACACAGCCGUUCUUUCAACUUCUUACGCCAUCGCUUUACUCGGCACAGCCACGGGUCAACUAGUCUUCGGUUACCUCGGUGACCGAGUCGGUCGUCGCCGAGUCUACGGACUUUGUUUGAUUAUUAUGAUCCUUAGCUCCUUUGGUUGUGGCUUUUCCGUGUGCACCACUCGUCGGUCUUGUGUUAUGGUUAGCCUCGGUUUUUUCCGGUUCUUUCUUGGUUUAGGUAUCGGUGGUGAUUACCCGCUCUCGGCUACCAUUAUGUCGGAGUUUGCUAAUAAGAGGACACGUGGCGCGUUUAUCGCUGCGGUGUUUUCGAUGCAAGGGUUGGGGAUUUUGGUUAGCUCUGCCGUGACCAUGGCUGUUUGCGUGGCGUUUAAGAGAAGUGGCGGUGGUUUGGAGGUGGAUGCGGCGGCUCCGACGGAAGCUGACUUGGCCUGGAGACUUAUACUUAUGAUCGGUGCUCUUCCUGCUGCAUUGACGUUCUAUUGGCGAAUGUUGAUGCCUGAAACCGCAAGAUACACAGCACUUGUAGAAAACAAUAUCGUCCAAGCAGCAAAAGACAUGCAAAGAGUCAUGUCAAGAUCUCAUAUCUCCGACGAAGCCACGACGGAUCCACCUCCUCCUCCGCCGCCACCUUCCUACAAACUCUUCUCCCGCUGCUUCUUCCGCCUCCAUGGUCGCGACCUCUUCGCAGCCUCCUUUAAUUGGUUCCUAGUAGACAUUGUCUUCUACACAAGCAACCUCCUCCUGUCCCAUAUCUUCAGUCAUUACUCCAAGAAACCUUCCACUGCAGAAAACGUCUACGACGCAGCCUUUGAAGUGGCGGAAUUAGGAGCCAUCAUCGCUGCUUGCUCCACCAUUCCCGGUUAUUGGUUCACAGUUUACUUCAUCGACAAGAUAGGUCGUGUCAAAAUCCAGAUUAUGGGGUUUUUCUUCAUGGCCGUUAUUUAUUUAGUCGCUGGUAUUCCGUACAGUUGGUAUUGGUCAAAGCACGAGCAUAAUAAUAAAGGCUUCAUGGUUCUCUACGGUUUGGUUUUCUUCUUUUGCAAUUUUGGUCCCAACACUACAACUUUUAUUAUUCCCGCAGAGCAUUUCCCGGCUAGGUUUAGGUCUACUUGUCACGGGAUCUCUGGUGCCGCGGGUAAGCUUGGGGCUAUUGUGGGCACUGUUGGGUUCUUGUGGGCUACCAAGAAGAUGGAAAGCGAUGAUAAAAACCAGAUUUAUCCCGAAGUAAACCGUAUGAGAAUUGCUUUCUUGAUUCUUGGUGGCGUUUGCAUUGCUGGAAUCUUGGUGACGUAUUUCUUCACCAAGGAAACUAUGGGAAGAUCGUUAGAGGAGAACGAGCAUGACCAAGAUAACAAUGCUGAGUCUGAAGAUGAGCCACAGAUUGUUGACGGGCAAUCCUCCGUGAGCACUUUGCUUCAGACACGAUGAUGAUCUCGA